AUGAAGAACACAAAACCGUCGUUUGUGGAGGGUUACCUGGGGCAGGACCGUUCUCUGGGAUUCCAUCUCCAUUCUCACUCCCUGGCUGUCUGUCCCACAGGGCCAGCAGGUGAGGGAACCCAGAUGCCAGACAAGGACAUCAAAGUCACAUUGGACAUAGAAGGCACACCUGGAGACAAAGCCAGACCAGGCACUGAGGCUUUGCGGCCAAGUGUGUUCCACAGCAUCAAGUUUUUCGUCCUGUGCCACAGCCUGCUGCAGCUGGCACAGCUCAUGAUCUCUGGCUACCUCAAGAGCUCCAUCUCCACUGUGGAGAAGCGCUUCGGCCUCUCCAGCCAGUCCUCAGGGCUGCUGGCUGCCUUCAACGAGGUGGGAAACACAGCCCUCAUUGUGUUUGUGAGCUAUUUCGGCAGCCGAGUACACCGGCCUCGACUGAUCGGCUGUGGGGCUGUCCUUGCGGCCCUGGCAGGCCUGCUCAUGAGCCUCCCACACUUCAUCUCAGAGCCAUACCGCUAUGACCACACCAGCCAUGAGGAUCUGCCACAGGACUUCGAGGCUUCCCUGUGCCUGCCCAUGACCUCAGGCCCGGCACCAGCCCCCUCCAACAGCAGCUGCUCCAGCUACACAGAGGCACAGCAUCUGGCGGUGGUGGGGAUAAUGUUCUUGGCACAGACCCUGCUUGGAGUGGGUGCUGUGCCUAUUCAGCCUUUUGGCAUCUCCUACAUCGAUGACUUUGCCCACAACAGCAACUCACCCCUCUACAUCGGGAUCCUGUUUGCAGUGACCAUGCUGGGGCCAGGUCUGGCCUAUGGGCUGGGCGGCCUCAUGCUGAGCCUUUAUGUGGACAUUGACCGGAUGCCAGAAGGUGGCAUCAGUCUGACCUCAAAGGACCCCCGAUGGGUGGGUGCCUGGUGGCUGGGCUUCCUCAUCUCUGCUGGCGCGGUGGCCCUGGCUGCCAUCCCCUACUUCUUCUUCCCCAGGGAGAUGCCCAAGGAGAAGCAUGAGCUUCGCUUCCGGACAAGGAUCUUGUCAAUUAUAGCCUCACGUGUCAGCAAAGGUGAGGGCUCCUCCUCUGAGCAAAGCCCUGGAGAAUACCCAGGGAAGCAAAAUGGCCUAGCCCAGUGUGCACCAGACCUGACUGUGAUCCAGUUCAUCAAAGUUUUCCCCAGGGUGCUGCUGCGGACCCUGCGCCACCCCAUCUUCCUGCUGGUGGCCUUGUCCCAGGUGUGCAUGUCAUCCAUGGUGGCAGGCAUGGCUACCUUCCUGCCUAAGUUUCUGGAGCGCCAGUUUUCCAUCACCGCCUCCUACGCCAAUCUGCUCAUUGGCUGCCUCACCAUCCCUUCGGCCAUCGUGGGCAUCGUGGUGGGAGGUGUCCUCGUCAAGGGCCUCCACCUGGGCCCAAAGCGCUGCGUUGCCCUCUGCCUGCUGGGGACGCUGUUAGGCCUACUUUUCAGCCUGCCGCUCUUCUUCAUCGGCUGCCCCACCCAUCAGAUUGCAGACAUCACCCCCCAGCCUGGCGCCCAGCCUGAGCCUGGGCUGUUUCCAGGCUGCUCAGAGCCCUGCUCCUGCCCAUCGGACAACUUUAACCCUGUUUGCGACCCCAGCACCCGUGUGGAGUACAUCACACCCUGCCACGCAGGCUGUACUAGCCAGGUGAUCCAGGAGGCUUUGGACAAAAGCACAGUUUUUUACACCAACUGCAGCUGUGUGGUGGGGGGCGGCUCUGUGACAGCAGGCUCCUGUGACUCAGCCUGCGGCUACCUGGUGCUGCCCUUCGUGCUCCUGAUCAGUGCGAGUGCGGCACUGGCCAGUGUCACACACACUCCCUCCUUCAUGCUCAUCCUAAGGGGAGUGAAGAAAGAAGACAAGACUUUUGCUGUGGGCAUCCAGUUCAUGCUCCUGAGAGUUUUUGCCUGGAUGCCCAGCCCCGUGAUCCAUGGCAGCGCCAUUGAUACCACCUGUGUGUACUGGGCCCAGAGCUGUGGACGUCGAGCUGUCUGCCGCUACUAUGACCACGAUCUGCUCCGAACCCGGUUCAUCGGCCUCCAGUUCUUCUUCAAGACGGGCUCCCUGGUCUGCUUCAUCUUGAUUAUGGCCAUCCUGAGGCAGCAGGACAAAGAGGCGGGAACCAAGACGACCCUGCCUAGCUGUGGCCUAGAGCAGCAGCAGUUAGAGUCAGGGCCAGAGAAGAAGCUUGAGGAGUCCAAAGUGUGA